CGUAAGUCACUUCGUUAUUUAGGUUGACGUGAUGACGAGGUCGUGGCAGCCGUCACUGCUGUAGGCUAGUCGUUUUCCAGCGGGAUACACGCUGCCUGUGGCGGACCGGUUGACAGUCGUGUUGGUACGGCUAUGUGCAUCUACUGAAGACGAGGCAACAGGUUGCAGACAUGGGCGUUAAAGAGAUGUUCUCUCAGUGGGCUCUGCUGUUGCUGUGUACUCUCCCUGUGAUGACCAUCGACUCAGAGGGAUGUCAGUGUCCAGAAGCCACCAUUUUGGCCCGGUUUCCCUCUGUCCUACCCGCUGAGGCCUGCUGUCUGAACUACUCCGGCUCCACGUUCGGCCAUGUUCGCUGGGCCAUGCUCACCAACAGGAACAGACUACAGCUCCUGGACCUGUCUCACUGUACCAUCACUCAGAUCGACCUGGAGGAUACAGAGACCACACUCUCUCCUCUCCGAGAGGUCUAUCUGGGUCACAACAGACUGACCUCCAUCCCAGCGGACUUUCUGUCAGAUCUACCCAGCCUGAAGGUGCUGGAGCUGGGCAUGAACCAGCUGAGGGAGCUGCCUGAGGAUUUCCUCAAGGGAUCUGACAGCCUUCAGGAGCUAGAUCUCAGGGGCAACCUCCUCCGUUCUCUUCCCGCCUCUGUGCUGUCUCUGCGGGGUCUGGAGAGGCUGGAACUGGUGGACAACCCCUGGGACUGCUCUUGCUCCCUGGUGGAGGAGCUGAACAACAACGACAACAACACCAGGCUGCAGGGCAUCGUGGGUAACAUCACCUGCGCAUCUCCUCGGAGCCUGGCUGGGCGGCUCGUGUGGUCGGUGGCGCCUGGUAACGUCUGCCGCCCACCAGGGCUCACGGCACUUUUCAUCCUCCUGCCCCUCUUCAUCCUCCUCGGCCUUGUCCUCUGCUGGUGCUGUGGGAGGAAGAGGAAGACGAAAGAGAAGCCGGCCUUCGGCUCCUCCAAGAAGAAGGCCUCCCACUCCCAUUCACCCAACGGUCACCAACACCACCAGCGAUCCAAGCCCCCAGCAGGCGGAGAAGGGUGUAACUUCCCCACGGCGGGGGACAGCAGCAGGAAGGAGAUGUUGAAGAACCAGCUCCUCCUGCGACCCUCCUCCACCCUCCUGGGCUCCACCAGGGACAUCUAUGAGGAGGUGGAGAUUAAAGUAGAAUCUGUGGAGUCCCUCUCUCACUCCCUCGCCAACUCCCCUCCCUCUCCUGGGUCCUCCUCCCUGACAGAGGGCCCCGAGUUGGGCCUGGGCGGACAAGCAGAGUUGGAUGCAGUGAGUGUGACGGAGGUGAUGAAGGACUCGGCAGACAGGGAGAAGGCUUAUAUGACCCAGUCCACUGAAUACUACAGUCUGGUGCCAGGGAUGGACCUGGACGACUCAGAUCACGCCUCAGAUCAGGCAUCAAACCACGCAUCAGACCACGCAGAGUACGAGAGUGUUGACCUGUCGUGAGAACGGACAUAGGUUCGCUAGAAGGAGUGUGUCUCUCAUGACUGGCUUGUAUGUAUGUGUGUGUGUGUGUGUGUGUGUGUGUGUGUGUGUGUGUGUGUGUGUGUGUGUGUGUGUGUGUGUGUGUGUGUGUGUGUGUGUGUGUGUGUGUGUGUGUGUGUGUGUGCGCGUGUGCGUGUGCGUGUGCGAGUGUGUGUCAGAGAAAGAGAGAGACAGAGUGUUGAAUGUUCCACAGAGAUGUGGUCGGAACACUGAAUUAUCAAUCACAAUCAUAUGACAGGAAGUGAGGUCACCUUGAGAUCUCCAGAAUGGGACUGACAUGACAUCACCCUGAGCUCCAGUGUGACCAAAUCAUACACCACACCACCACACCACCACACCACCACACCACAACACCACCACACCACACCACCACCACCGCCACACCACACCACCACCACCACACCACCACCACCACCACACCACCACCAUACACCACCACCAUACACUACCACACACUACCACACACACCACCACACCACCACCACACCACCACCACACCACCACACCACCACCAUACACCACCACCAUAC